GUUUUAGAACUGUGUUAUGUGUUUGCCCUUAGAUGAAACUAAGGAGAAAAGUUUGACUGAAAAAUUUGAGUUUUUUUCGCCUGCCGAGACUAUUUUCACGGUCGAACAAUUGGUGUCGACUGCUGAAGAAACGGAAAAUGGGGACAACCUAAGGAUUACCAUUGCUUCCGAUCCGAGCGAUGAUUGCGCAACUGACAGUGGUGAAAAUGAUGACGUAACGAGAGAGAAUUACGUCAUAUCGGUGUCGACAGAUGAAACUUUUUCUAUCCGUCUGUUCAAUCGAAUUUUGAGCUUGUCCGAUGAUUCAGUUGACAUUGGAACCAAAAGAUGUAAAUUUGAAAAUUGUGACCAUGAUAUUUUACCGAGUGCUUCCUAUUGUUUAAAACAUUUCGCCGCAAAUGAUGCUGACCAGAAAUUGUUUGAGUUUUGUCGGGCCAGGCAUACGGAUUUCUCGCUUUGCAAAGCAACGGUUCCUCUGAUUAGCAACGUGUAUCACAAAGCUAAUAUUCCUCUAAGCUUGAGUGCUAAACUGUGCGAGGAGCAUUGCAAGAUUGCUUCAGAGGCAGAAAAAGUUAGACUCAAAAGUCAGAAAAAAAUGAAUUAUUUGGAAAGGUGUAGGGCCAAACGAGCUCGCAAAUUGGCACGAGAUGAAUUGAGAGCAGCAAAGUUGGAAGCCAUGAAAAAGAAGAGAGAGGCAGCCGAAAUGAAAGGAGGGGAGAAGAGAGCUCGAGUGAGUGCCACUGUGCGUAUUUGGAAGAAAAGGAGGAGACGACAGCCGAGGAUGAUACAGACAGGCGGAAAGAGUCUGACCAAUAUCCUGAGCAGACCCUACCCGGACUACGAGUGGGAACUCAGCAACUCCCAAUCAAGUUCUUCCGAAAGCGCUUCGAUUACUGGGGGUUUCUCAGAACCGGAGAACAACACAAUCGGAACAUUCUCAACUGCCAACCAGAACCAUCACUCGGAACCAUCUUCGCCACUAGAAGGGUCUCCGAGCUCCAAGCUUUUCGAAGAUGCCAAGAGCGAAAUAUCUAACUUUGCCAGACCGCCUCCUGCUAGGCCUCAGGAACCUCUAACGCCAGAGCUUUCAGAUGAUUCUCUACAGGGAUUGCAACUUCCGGGGUGCCUGGAAUCGCCCAGCUUUUUCACUAGCUUUGACUCAAGGGAUCCGGACAUGAACCCAGAGUUCUGUUUUACAGAAUCCUUGGAUAAAUUCAUGAGUGGGGUUCUAGAUGGCGUGUUGUCCCCGAAUGAACCUGGAAUUGAAGGAUUGAUGAGCUGUCCUAAAGAGACAGACGGGACAUGCGAAGGUGCGCCUGGCGCCGAAGGAACUACUCGAGUUGAUAUUCCCAGCAAGGACGAAAGCAUUCACUACUCAUCUACUACAGCAAAAACGUUCGAAAAAAGUUAUCCAUGUUCAAUCGGAGAACAUUCCAAACGAUUUGAAAUUGAGGACACAACAAAACACGUGGAAUUUGUUCCUUCUCAUCAGAGUUCUGUUAUCAUGGCGGAUCAUGAUUACUCAACGGUAUCUGGUAUCAAAACUUUGUCUGGCUGCCUUAACAGUUCCCUGAAAAGUGAGGGACAGUUGCACCCUAACAAGUGGUUGGAUAUCAUACCUUCAACUAUCCAUUUACAGCCGAAAACCGCCCAAAAUGCAACAACAUCUGUGAAGGGAAAAUUUGUCGAUGAAAAAGAUUUGAAAAAAGACCCAAUCUUGUGUCAACCCAAAGCAGACGCACUUAAAGUUGUCCGAGUAAAGUUUCGAGCCCCGAUCAUUGAACGGGGAAAAGAUCCUCAUUUUGGAUCGUCCGUGAAGACCAAAACUGUUGUUUGCAAAAAGUCAAGAAGAAAAGCGAAUUUCAUGUCAAAUGUUAAUCGUAGAGUCGGGAAUCGUCUGGAUAUUGCGUAACAGUGGCUGGUAUGCGUGGUGCUCAUUUUUCAUCUCAUUUUAUUUCUAUUUUUUAGAAUCUCGUUUAAUCCUAUCAGGAUUGGCUAAUUGUAUUUAUUGAGUUUAAUUGUGACCAUUCAUUUAUACGAGGAACUGAAUUCCACCACUUCUCAUUAUUAUUUUCGUUACUCUUAUAUUUUGGGUAACUUAUUUUGACGUGUUGAAAUAAUUAUGCUCAUUGCACUGCUAAGUGUUUAACGCAGCAUACUUAACUAAGUGUUAUGAUUGUAAUUUGACUAUAAUGGGAAUCCAUAAAUCCCGCGAUCGAUUUUCAAGCAGACGGAGACUAGUUGUUCAUAUAUGGCUCCAUGCGCUUGCAAAAUCGUAGAGCCGUAUGUGGCUUCAGAGUUUAUUAAAAGAAAACCUUUUCGACAUUCAUAUUCCACGGCGGGUGUUUCAUUUUUUUUCAUUCCGUUUGCAGUUUUAUCCGAAUUUAUUUAUUGAUAUGCGAAAUUGUGUGCAGCCAAAAGUAAUUUUAAUGUGUUAAUUAAAUUUUCCCCUACUAUGUUGAUAUUUUUCAGAUUAUCUACAAAUUCUAAUGCGAAAUCUUAAAAGCAAAUUCUAUA